AGGACUCUAUUUGAAUGGUUAGAGAAACAAGGAUUUAUCACUAGUUGUCCAAACUCGUGCAGAAGGUUAUUGGCAGCAUUGGCUUCUGACAAACCAGUAUGCGCAAUUGUGCCCCCCAAAGAAGAAGUUUUGGACCUCUUGAUAAGGAUGUCUGAUGGAGCCAAUCCAAAAAACAAUCCUUCGACUGAUUUAAAACUUCUUCAUGAAGAAAUGCCCCUACUGUUUAACGUCAUUGAGACUAGCGAAGAAAUUCCUAUUACUAUUCAACCGCUGCUAACGGAAUUGGUACAAAAGGCUAUAAGUCCGUUCGAGGUCAAGGACGGUCAGUGGCGUUUGCCACACAACUUACCUUCGGUGUCUCAAAAUUCGUCCCAUGGAUAUCUACCUUGUCUGCCAGAACUGGUUCAACGAGGGAAUUAUGUUGUUGACAAUAGGAAGACACAGCAGGGAGAUUGUGCCAAAGUCACUAGGCCCAAGAAGAAGCAUGGCACUUUGAUCCCUGGAAUAUUUUGUAUUCUUUGUCCCCACGGUAUUUACAUGAUGAACAGCGCCAACGAAAAUUUGUUUUACUAUUGCACGCCAGAGUUGGUCAUUUACGAUAAUGCCUGCAGAUUGCACGAGUAUUGUUUGAACCGAGAUCCAGCAUUUUUUAAGAAAACAAAAUUUGUUGUUGAUAAGUUUCAUUGGAAAAAUCAUUCAGGAUGCUGCGAGGGAUAUAACAUGAAAUUGUAUCCCACGCUCAAUAUGUACAAUAGUCAAGCUGCUGAACAGUGCAAUUCGUGUAUUAAGCCUCCAUGGUUUCUUACAUGGAAUACGAUAACUUUUUUCUUUUUACAAAACUUCAUAUUUGUCACAGGAAUAUGUUACGCAUUGUUAAAUACAAUCCUGAGAGAGAAAUAGCCUACAAACACUAUUUUCUCACUCUUAGUCGCGUUAUUCAUUAGUAACGCGUUAUAGUUUCGUUUUUCGAAAAAUUUAAACUUGUUUUUAUGAAUAGUUUUAUCUGUACAAAAUAUUACUUCAUAGUUACCCAUAUAGUUUCUGCAAAAGUAACAAUUACAUGUAACGUCGUUACUUGUAAAAAAAUUAUUUACAUCACUUGUUAUAAAUAUAAGAGAAUGUUAUUCAUAUGCA